GCUGCUGAGAUUUAACACUUCAGCACCUGCUGCCGCUGGGGGAAGCAGCGUCGGAGCUUCGGCUUCUUGGUUUUUUUCUCUCUCCUUGGGUACCACACACAACCGCAACCGUGUCUCGCCAGCGAGCCAAGAUGUCCAAAGUGGCCAAAUAUCGGCGACAAGUUAGUGAAGAUCCAGAUAUUGACAGUUUGUUGUCUACUCUGUCUCCAGAGGAGAUGGAAGAGCUGGAAAAGGAGCUGGAUGUGGUGGAUCCAGAUGGAAGCAUCCCUCUGGAGCUCGGUCAGAAAAACCAAACAGAAAAUUCCCCACCUGGCCCGCAAAACUGCGACACAGUGCUCAAUCACUGCGAAAAGGAGACCAGGAAGCUUAUGCAGAGGGAACACUCGAUAGACGAAAGCAGAUCAAGCGAGAAGAAUAAGGGAGCCAAGAAUGAAGAAGAAAAGGGAAAGGAAGCUCCUUCCAAAGACCUGGCCCGGAAACGAGAUACAAAAGUGGGGAAAGACUCCAAAAAGGAAGAAAGUAUUCAGAAAGAUCCGAAAGUUAAAGCAGAGGCUGAGACCAAGACCACAGAGGAGAAGGCUAUCAACGAUAAAGUCAAGGCCAUGGAGAGAAAGCUGAUGGGGAAGGACAAAAAGGAGGAAGAGAAGGGUUCGGUGUUGAAGAAGGACACGAGGAAGGACAAAAAGGAGGAAGAGAAGGGCUCAGCAUUAAAGAAGGACGCAGGAAAGGAUAAAAAGGAGGAAGAGAAGGGCUCAGCAUUAAAGAAGGACGCAGGAAAGGAUAAAAAGGAGGAAGAGAAGGGCUCAGCAUUAAAGAAGGAUGCAGGGAAAUAUAAAAAGGAAGAAGAGAAGGGCUCAGCAGCAAAGAAGGAGACAGGGAAGGACAAAAAGGAAGAAGAAAAGAGUUUGGGAUCAAAGAAACAGGCAGAAAAAGACACAAAAGGAGAAGAUAAGAAAGAAAAAGACAAAAAAGAAGAGGAAAAGAGUUCAGUUUUGAAAAAAUCAAAGGCAGACGAGAAGGAGAAAUCCCAGUCAGAGGCAGAAAAGGCAGCGGAGGAGAAAAAAGAGGCCAAGGCGGCAGCCGAGAGCAGCCCCUCCAAGCCCACCACCGGCAGCUCCUCAGAUCAGGCCAAGGAUGACGAAGCCUCCAGCAUUUUCGAUGAGCUCAUCGAGAAGGUGAAGAACAACGACGCCGAAGUCACCGAAGUAAACGUGAACAACUCGGACUGCAUCAACAACGAGACCCUGGUGCGCUUCACCGAGGCCCUGGAGUUCAACACCGUGGUCAAGCUGUUCGCCUUGGCCAACACCCGUGCCGACGACCACGUGGCCUUCGCCAUCGCCAUCAUGCUGAAGUCCAACAAGGUGCUGACGAGCAUCAACCUGGACUCCAACCACAUCACGGGCAAGGGCAUCCUGGCCAUCUUCCGGGCGCUGCUGCAGAACAACACGCUGACGGAGCUGCGUUUCCACAACCAGCGGCACAUCUGCGGGGGGAAGACGGAGAUGGAGAUCGCCAAGCUCCUGAAGGAAAACACCACGCUCCUGAAGCUGGGCUACCACUUCGAGCUGGCCGGACCACGCAUGACAGUCACCAACCUGCUGAGCCGAAACAUGGACAAACAGAGGCAGAAACGCCUCCAGGAGCAGAAACUGGCACAGGAGCGUGGGGAGAAGAAAGACCUCCUGGAGGUGCCCAAGCCCGGAGCCCUGCCAAAGGGGUCCCCCAAGCCAUCCCCGCAGCCGUCCCCCAAGGCUUCCCCCAAAAGCUCUCCCAAGAAAGGGGGGGCGCCCGCCGCACCACCCCCGCCUCCUCCUCCGCUCGCCCCACCGCUGAUCAACGAGAACCUGAGGAACUCGCUCUCACCGGCCACGCAGAGGAAGUUGGGAGACCGGGUGCUGCCGGUCCAGGAGAAGAACUCGCGGGACCAGCUCCUGGCAGCCAUCCGCUCCAGCAACCUCAAACAGCUCAAGAAGGUGGAGGUACCGAAGCUGCUGCAGUAGGGAGCGGGGACGGCUUUUCCCCCCGCAGCCCGGCGUGGCAGACCCCAGGACGCUCGCCUUUCUCAUGACUGUUUCCAUGACAAGCCCUUUGGGACCCUGCAGUGACCGACGCCAAGGAGCAGCGAUCUCUCUGGGAUGGACGGAGGAAGGGCCGGGCCCGAGGAGGGCCAGCACGGUCGUUCGAUGCAGUGCAGGAGGAAGACGUAUUUAUUAUUUUUAUGGUUGUGAAGCCUUCAAGCUCUUUCUUUUGCCAGCACCGUGCCCCGCUCUGUCCGGCCGCCUGGAGAUGCCGAGGAUGGAGGAGGGGUCUGCAGAGCUGGUCCUUACGGGAAACUCCCCUUGGAGAGCGCCGAAGGGGCUUGGCACCCUCCGUCCCGGCUCGCCCACCGGGCCCCCGAGGUGGUCCAGCCUGGGGUGAGCAGAGGUACCCUCCCAGCCUCGCUUUUCAGAGGGGCAGGGGACAGCCAGACCAUCGUCACGGCUUGCCUCUCCACGGGGUCUCCGGGUGGCCGGGAGAGUUACGGGGUGCAGGCACAGCGGUGGGGUGCCGGCUCGCGGGGUGCAGGCUCGACGUCGGGAGGAAUCGGGAGGGUUGGAGAAGGGAGCAG